CGAACGCGUGUGGGUAUUUGAUGGAAUGCACCAAAUUACUACCUCUGCUUAAGAAUAUUGCCGGGAUUGAUGAAUUAUUAAUUGCUGUAGGUGAAACGCACACGAACAUCUACUUCCUGGCGUCUCCGUGCGAAGAGGGAACAGUAGUCAUCAGAUAAGCACAAACAAAACUAUGGCCUUGCGUAAUCUGGUUGAUGCCCAGUGUGGUGAGGGAAAUGCCCUCGUUCGCCUCACACAGCAUGUCACAAGGGAUAAAUCUCUCGCAGAUGAGGGCUUACGAUGGCCUCAGGGUCGACCCCCGACACAAGGUGUGUUUAAACCACAAUAUGGGCCACCAACAGUGGUUGGAGACCAACUAGUUGAGGAGUUCAUGAGUGAGACCCAGCAGGCAGCUACUACAGCACCACAGGCUUUUAGAAUGGACUCCCUCUUACAGGAAAUGCGAGAAAUAGAGAGCAUGCGAGCCAGGAGCGGGCCAAUGAGAGGUCCAGGCAUUGCUGACCUAGCCUCAGAAGCCAGCAACUGGGCAGAGGAAUACCUGGCAUCAGAGACCCAUGUUCAGGAGAUCAGCCCAGGUGGAGACUGGACAAAAGAGUUUCUAGAACAGCAGCACGGUCUUACGUCUCCUGACAUCAUAUCUGACAGUGACACACGAUGGGCUCAUGAAUACCUUAAUGAAAAUCUAAUAGAUGAAGCAGCUAGUGCAGAGGCCAGUAAGUGGGUGGAGGAAUAUAAUCCACAGGAAGACUCAGAGCUGGCUAGAACAGCUAAUGAGCUCCUAGGAACUGUUGAUGACCCAAAGUUCUCAAACACAGAGUUUAUGAAAUUUAUCAAAAAGUUGGGAGAAGGUACAAAGACGGACGUUAACAAAGAUUGGAGUGAAGAAUUCCUGACUUUGAAUACCAAGGGUGCUGCUGGCAGCCUGGCUGACUCCUGGAGCGCUGAAUUCAUGAAAGAACAUCAACAACCACAUGAACGAUGGGGGGAAGAAUUUGCUAAGCAGCUAGGAUCAUUGGACAACAUGACAAUUGACAGUGAGUCUAUGAGCACAAAAGAGAAGGAAAAUUUCUGGCAGAGUUUACAAGAUGAAUGGGAGAAGAUGGCCCGAGAAGAUGAGCUAACAGAACAUCCAUGGCUGUCUGAGUUUAACACUAGUGCCUUUGAGCCAUUUAAGAAUUACCAGUUUGAAGAAGAUAACCCACUGAAAGACCAUCCUGAUCCACUGAGUGAAGGAAAACGGUGCUUAGAGGCUGGUGACCUUCCCUCUGCUGUGUUGUUGUUUGAGGCUGCUGCUCAACAGACCCCACAGAAUUCAGAAGCAUGGUUGUUGCUUGGGGUAACUCAUGCAGAAAAUGAGCAAGACCCAUCUGCAAUCUCAGCUCUUAGAAGAUGUGUUGAAUUGGAUGCUGGUAACAGUGUUGCCUGGAUGGCACUUGCAACAUCAUAUACCAAUGAAUCCUACCAGACUCUUGCUUGUAACUCAUUAAAGGAAUGGAUCCAGACCAAUUCAAAAUACAGGCACCUGGCAUCCAAAGAUGAAGGAGUACACAGAAAGCCCAAGAUGAUGGCAACUACUUUAGCUCCCAGAGAGUUGAUACAAGAAGUGCAGGACUUGUACAUUGCAGCAGCCAACCAACGACCUGGUGAGAACAUAGAUUCAGAUGUCCAGUGUGGACUUGGAGUGCUCUUCAACCUCACUGGAGAGUACGAAAAAGCCAUCGAUUGCUUCCACGCAGCAUUAAGUGUUCGACCAAAGGACGCAAAGUUAUGGAAUAAAUUGGGAGCCACACUAGCCAACAAUGAACGUUCUGAGGAAGCCAUUGAUGCAUAUCGUAAUGCCUUAGAAAUUUCUCCAGGAUUUAUUAGAUGUCGAUAUAAUCUAGGCAUUUCCUGCAUCAACCUCGGGGCUCACAGGGAAGCAAUGGAGCACUUCUUAGAGGCCCUAAAUAUGCAGGCAGCAGGGAGAGGACCAGGUGGGAAGGAAUCAUCACGGGCAGUGUCUGACAACAUCUGGAUGACGCUCAGAAUCUGUCUCUCUUCCCUCAAUGCCAGGCACCUCAUGGAUGCUGUUGACAAGAGAGAUUUGAGACGAUUAAAUGCAGAAUAUGGCGUAGGCAACAGCAGCUCCAGUUGACUUUCUGGAAAGCCAUUUUCACUUUGGACACCAAUUUCUUCCCACCGCUCCCUGCCGUGUGAUAAAGUUCAUCAACAGCUGUCGUCACCUCUGUCUGUAAACAGAUGCCAUUGUGAUGAUUUUCCAUGUGAGUGUUCAUUGUACAGUACGUUAUAUCCUGAAGUAGCAGCUACUGCCAUUAAAGCUUGAGCUAAGAUAAAAGUCAAGUUUGUAUGCCUAUUAAAAAAAUUUAAGUGCAGUUAUAUGUGUGUGUCCAAUUUUUUACUUGAUAAUAAUAAUAAUAAUAAUUAACAGUUUAUUGAAAGAGCUUGGCAGCCAGAAGGCUGAAAAUACAGUUACAUAAUUGGGGAUGACUGGACUGUGAAGUGGUUGUUGUUGGAGAGAGAGAGCAGCUUAUGAUGCUGAUUAUGGUUGUGAUUCAGAGUUAUAAUAUGACAAAGGUUAAAUAAAUUGAUUUUGAUAUUCUAUAAAUUAUUAAUAUUAUUAUUAUUGUAUAGGGACUGAAAACUCUGUUUGAUAUGAGAAGUUGAUGUUCUCAUCCGCAUGAUAACAUAAUUGUAGUAAAGUGUUAUAUUAUGUUAAAUAAUUGCCAAAUCAGUAAUACCAGUAUGCCAGUUAUUUUUAUGUUGUGUUGUAUUUUUAGGUAACAGAGUUGAUAUUUAGGCUCAUAUGUGAAUUAUUAGAUAUGUUUAAAGAUGGUAAACUGUUAAUACGUUAUCUUUGAUGCAUAAAUCCUUGUUUUUGAUAUACUGUAUGUUGGUUAAGGGCCAUGAUUUCGUAAGAUCAUUUUUUUCUGAAAUUUGUAGCUCUUGAAUUUUCUACCGAUUCAUUUAGUGUAGAAUGUGCGUGAGGUGUGGUGCUUUGUGCAGAGAGUACAACUUCUCUUAAAUUAUGAACUUGACGCUGGUAUUAAUACUGAUAUAAUUUUGCCAAACUACACCCUCUCAUCUUACCUCCACGCUGGUGUCUACUUACAUACAUACAACAAGAUUCUUAGCAGAGCCAAUUAUAACCUAUCUUCGAUUACAAUGAGAUAACCAGUCAUUAACUAUGGAACCCCAGCUGCUUCACUACACUGUUAUCUUCAAUUUUAACUUACAAGUAAUCUAACUCUUCUUGUUCUUAUACUGUACUGUACACCCUUCACUGCUCUCAGCUCAAAUCAGAAUGCUGGAAACAUAUUCAGCACAUGUAAACAAUUUUCACCUCUGGGUGCUGAGAUUUGAACCCAGGCCACCAAAGUUGGUAGUCAGGCACCCAGAGGUGAAAAUUUUUCAUCUAUGCACAUUACAGGUUCUGAUAUACAGUAUAUUCAGCACAUUCCUGUACAAUGGUUUGCCAGUUACAUAAAACAUUCAACAGUUAUACUAAAGAAGAAAUUUUUAAAUUCAUAAAUAUUUUAAUUAUUUCCGAUAUAUAGAGGAGUGGUCCGGAGCACCUCGAAGAGUCCGAAUUAAUUGGGACUGACCCCCUCAGUCCAAAAACCGAGAAAGUCUGAUAAAAGUGAAUCUAGGGGGCUCGGACAUAACCCUGCUUAUCUGGACUGUUUCCAGAAAAUCAUACAUAAGUCUGGUUGUUGAUAACUGUUUUCACUGAUAUGAUUGUUUUGUUCCGUAAAAUGUUUAUGCAUUGUAUAAAUAGUAGAAGUGUGUCACCAACCAGGGCUACCCAAUCAUACUCCUCCCAUGGUGAGUGAAAAAUCCUUUAGGUGAGUCAGAUUAAAAAAUCACAAGUCAGUCAGGCGAGUGAUAAUUUUGCUUGAUGCAAAAGUGAAGGAGACCUUGUAAGUACAGUAGAUUCUUCUAUGUGAUUACUGGAGAAAUACAUUCAUCUGCGGGCACCUGUGUUUUGGAAGUCACGACUCAAACCCUCAUUCCUCGUAAAAGACGCUCUAUCAAGUCUCAGUCUCCAUUAUGGUAUUUUAAAAUAAAAAUGUUAAAGUAUACAGGAGAGUAAAUAACUUCAUCUCCGUACCUUGUUUUAUUUUAUUUCUCAUCAAAAUAAGUGGCUUCUCUCAUCAUGAAUUUUUUGUUAGGUAGUGAGAAGGAGAGAGAGAAGAUAAAGCAAGACGUCACCUUCGAUACAACGUACAGUACAGUACGUAUCCUUUUACUCUCAAGUCAAAAUACAAAUUUCAUACUAUAUUUUAUAUGGGACUGAAGACUUUAUUAUUUAUGAUAAACUGUAUAUCGUAAGAGACUGAUCAUAGUAGAAUAAAAUAAUAAUCAAUUUCAAUAAUAGUCAGGUCGAAUGCUGACCUUGACGGUAGGAGGGGAAGAGUGGUCAGGGAAGAGAUUACCUUCUGAUACAGCUUGUCUUUUUAUUUUCAAGUCAAAUAACAAUUAUAUAUCGUAUUUUUAUUGUUAUUUAAUGUUAUAUUAUUUAUGAAGAAACAUACACCAUAAGACCAUAAGAGGUGGAGUGCACUAAUGAUACUUAUGAAUGUUAGACUCAGGCUGAGGCACAUGCCACCCGCGCAUUUACAAACACACAAACCGUCCGGACUAAUGCACAAUUUUCCAGGCUUCUUAAAAUAUUUCCGAUAAGUAGAGUGGCAGUCCGGAGCACCUCGGAGAUUUAAAAAAGGCAAAUGCCAAUAGUAUAUUGAAGUAUGAUUUAUCAAGGUUUUACUGGGAGCAUGGUAGCCACCGUAACACGACAAAGAAAAUAGUAGGAGUCAGGGAGUACAGUAUUGCUGUAAAAUUGGAUCAUGUAUGGAAUUGGAGAACCAAAGUGACUAAGAAGAAAAGCCUUCUGGUGAAAUAAAAUUAUCUCACAGUAGUGUUGUCAUGGAAACUGAAGCUUACAGCUCUAUUACAGUACAUUCUAACACCUUUAAUUACAAUGUGACACCUGUAAGUACACAGUAUAUUGCUGACACUUUUUAGUGCAUUCUGAUAAAAUUAAGUACAUUCUGGCUUGCAUUUAUUACCCUUCAUUGCCUUUAUUACUCUUCAUUGCCUUUAAGUAAGUUCUGACACAUUUCAGAAUUAUUUUCAACAACUUUUCAGUCAUCUUUAUCACAAGCAAUCACCGAGCACUGCGUGCUUUGUGCCGGCUCGACUUAAGAUGACUAAAAUUUUAUAUAUGAACCCAUACUUUUAUCUUGCAUUUAUUUUUCUUGAAAUUAAAGAGUACAGUACAGUGCUGUAUAAUUUACAUUUACAUUUCCUGAUUUGAGACCAUGAGGAAGUGUAUACAGUAGUGUUACACAGUACAGUUUCUUUUAGUAGUCUGAAAGAAACAGAGAAUACCCAGAUUUGUCAUCCAGACAAAGUUUUUUUGACUAAUUAUGCAUAAUUUGAGGGUGCUGAAUCCAAAUCUGCCAGGUGCCAUCUUGUCACCCUUGGGGAAAAUAAAAUAUUCAAGACGGCAUCAAAAAUGGCUGCCAAAACAAUUGUGGGAGACAUUUUGCUUUCAUUCUUAAGAGAAAGUGAUGAUUUAGUGACUAAGUCUAAUAACAUACUCUGGAAACAGAAAUAUUCACUUAUGAUCUUAAUCUUAUAUACACUUAAAGGUUACUCCAUCUUAUUCCAGACUCUGUAAAGAUCCACAGUAUCAUAAAUUAUAGGACUUAUUUUUUUAAUAUAUAUAUGUACUCAAAUAUUUGAUAUUAAUCAACAGUCAUCAUUGCUUUCAUCAUCUUCCUCAUUAACUUCAAGAGUUGUCAUGGUUCUCUCAUUGUGCCACACAUUUUCUGCAUGUCAACAACAGAAAAUGGAGCAUGAUAGCAUGGCAGCAACACAACUAUGUCGAUCAGUUGAACAUGGCAGAUUGGUUGAACAGCUGCACUUGAUCAGUUUCUGGACACUGUCUGGUACUGGUGACACGUCUAAAGGCAAUGUAACUGGGAGCAGAAGAUUGGAUGCCUGAUCACUUGACCAUCUGUACUGCCUUGGGUCAUGGUUUGGUGGACCAACUUCUAAGGCUGUUCUCCAAAUCAUGGUCUGGUAGUGCACCCUAAGCACAUGUAGUUCAAAUGCUGCAGUUGUUGGAGGAAAGCAUCUCAGCUCCGGAGCUGAAGUCAGCCUUUUGUUGGACAUUUUAGAUGUCCAAACAUUAAAUCGUACAGUAGACAUAUCAUGGAUGACCUUCGAGUCAUAACAUGCUGCUACAAAUCUGGUGGCUUGAGAGACAACCUCUGUUAUCUCAGCAACAAUUUUCCCAAAUUUGUCAAAACGAUGACCAGAUUUCAAUGUCUGUAUGGCAGUAACCUUGUCAAUACCAUGGAGAUGAGCGAUGAUGUCACAUCCAGAAAGAGCGAGUGCUGCCAUUAUGUCAACAACAAGAUCCUUGUGCUUUUCAACUGUGGCCUUGAUAUCAAUGGUAGAUCUUGAUGGACUAGUCCCCUCUAUGAAUAUCUUGCAGGUUAACUUCUGCUAUUAGUAGUAGUGCAGCAGCAGUACAAACACAUGUGUGUCAUUGCAAAUGACUUUGAUGCAAUCAACACCACUUGGGGUAAGAAACAACACCUGUUUUGCUAUAUUCACAUCCACUUCUUCAAGAAGCGUUUUCAUGUGUGGUUUGCACAUGACAUUACCUAACUGAAUCUCUUUGGGUACUGAGUCUCGGCUAGUAGUGAUGAGCCUUCUAUCAUUCUGUAGAAGAAGCUCAGCAUUCUCCUGUAGAUACUGACAGACAAGAUCUAUCAGUUUCACUUUAUUAUCUUUUACUAUCAGCACAACUUUCUGAGAGGGUAGUUAGCAUCCGCUUGCAUUUUUUCCUGCUCUUGACAUCCUCAUUGCAUCUUUUAUACUGUUUGGGUAGUACCUUUCAAAGAUGAGAUAUACAUCAGUCUUUUGCAAUUUGUUGCUGAUGUGUGCAAUCAUGUUCUUGAUGAAGUUCUCAACUGUACCCCUGGAAAGCCAUGAGAUGAUCCAUAGGACAGCACAUCCAUCUACCACAGUUACUUCAGCUUGUUCAACGAAAUGAGAAGAAAGAUCCACUCCCAACAUUUUCUUCGAGGUGCCCUUACUCUUCGUUGUCCGCUUGUCACCAUUGUCUUCAAUUAAGGAAGGUGGCACUGAUGAUAAUUCAUACUGAAGAACAUCUUUGAUACUGAUGUCAUGAACUUACUGUAGAUACAGUACUCUUGAAAAGAUGAGGGUGGCAUCCAACACUCUGAAGGUCUUAUCUGUUCCUCGGUUUGCAGUUCUACAUUGCACAACCCUCCGCCAACGAUCUGGAUGACGUGGAUCUGGUUCUGAUUUGCAGUCACUACCACAAAAUAGACAGUGCUUCUUGAAAUGAAAUGCAUUAACUUCAGACUGCUUUAUCUUUUUUGAAGCAGGUUCCUCCACUGAAGUUUCUUGACUUUGCUUCAAGAGAUAUCUUUGUAUGUGAGUUCUAGACGUGUAGGUAGACACACAGUUUUUAUGAAAAUACACAAGGUGAGGACAUACUCAAAUCAUGCAAGCUAGUCUCUAAUUUUUCAUUCAGCCCAUCACCUUUAAGUCUACUAGCUACUAUAAUGCCAUGUAUUCUUGUUUGAGUACCAGUUACAAGCUUAGAAUUUUCUACACCACAUCUAAAUAUUGCUUGAAAGCAGCAUGCAGGGGAAUCAAAGGCAGCCAUCAUUCACAUAUUCUGAAAUGAAAGCCAUGCAUUAGUUAGUUGAGUCACCAUUGCCACAAACAUAAAAAUCAGUUAACCAAAAUAUUAAAUACAUAAUAUAUUUACUAAAUUAUCAUAUAGGCUCUAAUAGAAGAAGAAGAAUAUUAGUUUAAUUUUAAAUAAUGUCAGUUAGCAAAAAUAAUGCCAUUAUAUAUUGCUUUGAAGUUUAAAAAAGAAAACAAGGUAUGUACGGAAGCUAUUUUGGACGCCAUCUUAAAUGUGUCUAUAUUCCAGCAACAGAUUUCAAGCUACUUUUAUUACUUUCCUUGAGCCUGAAAACCAAAAUAUAGUUGUUCUUUGAUGCUUGGGGGUUGAAAUAUCAAACUUUAUGUAUUUGGUGGCUAUCUUGGAUGCCAUCUUGAAUAUUUUAUUUUCACCAAGGUUGACAAAGUGGCACCCAGCAGAUUUGGGUUCAGCACCCUCAAAUUAUGUAUAAUUAGUCAAAAAACACUGUCUGGAUGACAAAUCCGGGUUCAGCAUAAAUCUAGGGUUUGGCUGCUGGACUCUAGCCCUCUACUGCCACUUAGUAUGCUUGCUCUUCAGCGCUGUCUCUGGCUGCUCUUGCCCCUCUCUCUGGAAGUUUCUGUGUCCCAUGAUACACCUCAUGUACAAGUUGUUGGAGAGAAUGGAUGAUGGAUUUAUUAAUAGAUAUAUUGUCAAAAAAAUAUCACAAUUAAUUCACACUGAAAUGUUUCCGUUGUAGAUUCCACUAUUCUCCCAAUUUUUAUAUACAGUUUGUCACUUUCUCGUUCUUAGCAUUUUAAGUUUUGUUCGAUAAAUUUUGUUUUCCAUUUUGUAUCUUCAAUAAAUUUCACCAGGGAGUUAGAGCCAAUACUCAAGACCUUUGUACAGUAAGUGUAUUAGGAUGUGCUUCCAGUAUUCAUGUUAUUACUGAACUGUAUUGGUUGUACAGGGUAUACAGUAUUAGUACAAGAAUUAUUAUACAACUUUUAUAACCAUUAGAAUGAUACUCCUUUAUAUUUACAUAUUCAUACAAUAAUCUCCAUCUAAUUAUGGAACAUAAGCCAUUAAUUUAAGUUCUCUAUUUGUACCCCCCUACCAAUAGGAGAUUCAUACCAAAACGAAUCCGUACAAGAGUGUAGCGCCAUCAGCCAAGGUGCCUUCAAUUUAAUAUCUCUAUUCACGAUGUAUACUUUAUAGCGCAAUUAAGGGCGUAAAAAAUUGUGUGUGGGGGCUGCUUCAUAUUUGCUGUUUCAGACCUUUUCUGUUGCUCUUUUGCACCUUUUAUUGGACCCAAUGUUGACCCCAUUUCUUGAGGUGUUUAUUUCCUUUACUCUACCCCCCCUCACACACACACACACACACACACACACACACACACACACAUACAUACAUACAUACUGUACACAUAUGCUAAUAUGGAAGUACUGUACACAGGCAAUCCCAGUUUUUUUUAUUUAAUGUAUUCCUGAAAAUGUGUUAGUAAACCUGAUCAAUAAAUCACAUUGAAAGAAUUAUACUGUAUAAAUAUUUAAUUGGUCAACGGAUGCAGGUGAAAACCAUUUUUAUAAAUAAAAACGGUGAUAAAUACUGUUAUCAAAACAUAAAUGAAAAAAUUUAUAUAGAUUAUAAUAACACAUAAAAUACAGAAAUUAUAAGAAUUAAUUACUUGAAUAAAGCACAUUAUCAUAGGUCCAGCAUGACUGGCAUAUCAGAAGUGGUUAGAGGAGAGGUGAAGAGGCUGUAAUAGUUGGAGAGGGGAUGACUGAGCAAGACAGUGGAGGGGAAUUGGUAGGACACCCGGCUGUUAAUGUGUUUUCUACAUUCAAGUACAGCACUGUACUGCAUUAAAAUUUCUGCGUUUUGCUAUUCGGUUCCCUUAUGUUAAAAAAACCUGUUUAUAUGAGUGGAAAGACCAGAACUGUCAUAAAUGUAUACCGUAGUGUUUGAGGGAUAUUCUUAUGCUGGAUAUUCUGAAACUGAGGAUUGCCUGUAGAUACAGUAUCUCAUCCAAGGUGUUGACUGGUAAAAAUGGUUCUAACAAAUUAGUGCUAAUCAUUUACACUGUCUAGCUCAGGGGUGGGCAAUUAUUUUUUAUGGAGGGCCACUUCAUGAAUGGUGGCACACUUCGCGGGCCACAGUUAACAGCGACGAGCCAGUAUUGCUGCUAUGUCCACCCAACUUCCAAAAUUGUCCUUUCUGUAAUUAAUAAGAAUUGUUUUUUUUGAUUGCCAAAUGCAGUGGCGGGCCACAGAAAUAAUUUGGCGGGCCAAAUGUGGCCCGUGGGCCGUACAUUGCCCACCCCUGGUCUAGCUUAAUGUUGAUACGGAGCUUUAGCAGUUAUUUUUAAGUUGUUUUUAAAGCCGUGCCUCCUCAAUGUGCAGAUAAUUAUCACAAAACUGGCAAUUAUUGUAAAGUGUUUUAGAAAUUUUGCACCAUCCUUAGAACCUGCAUUUGAGUAUUACAGAGACACUGGCCAACCACAUACGACAAGCCUUCACACCAAACCACAAGUGUUAAAAAGUCCUUAAGACUGACUAAUGAUUACUAAAUCAUACUUCUUCCAGCAGUAAGCUCAGGGCAGAGAUUCAGGAUGGGUCACUCACAUAUAAACACAUUUAAUAACUGGUAACUGAAAAUUUAUAAGCAGAGUACACCUCUUCUUAUACAGCACUGCAGUUUUGGUGUCCAGAAAAGUAUAGUAUGACUUUGUUAUUUUAACUUUAAAGAGAUCACUGUCAGUAAUGGUUUUAAUUUUUUUCAAGUAGUGGAAGUUAUAGAUGUGUGAACAAGUGAGAAAAUCACUGCAUUUAAUUCUGGAUAUAAAGAUAAAUCCUUAUUUGGAUGUCCUUUUGACAAAGUGAAGUUGUAUGACACCAAAACUGGUUAAAUGAAGUCAGAAUAUUUUGCAGGAUUUGUAUGUUAUUAAUAUAGUCUUCAUCAGCUGCAUAUCUGACAUUUAUUUUUACAGGUGUUAUCUGGAGAAUAAUUACAGUCUUUGAAAAACAUAAGUGACUGGAAUGGAAUACAGUACAACAUUCAAAUAUGCAGGAAUAAAAUUAAAAAUUAAAUUCAUUGAUAUAAAUAAUAUACCUUGGUGUUAUGAAAUUCAGGUUGAAGAACUGAAAGUCAAUUGGUUUGAAGUGAACAGUAGCGGUGUUGUACAGUAUAUGUACUGUACAAUAUGUAGUGUUAAAACUAGUGUACUGAAACUGGAACUCUUAAUUAUAAGAGAAUUUUCAGGUGAGUUGAAUUCAGAGGAUGUCUUUGUAGGAAACAAUAAUCAAAAUAGAUUUUAGUUAUUGUAUUUUAAUUAAACUUGUUAUUUUAUUAUUCAUAUAUUACUAAGUAUAAGAUAUUGGGUUUGUUUCUACAUGUACAGGUAUUGAUGUAGAUGUAGCCAUUAACUUGUAAAAGUCCAUGGCAGAGGGAAGUUGUACUUUGUGGAUGGGAUGCCUCCCAUAGUGCCAUUAUUGUGUACAGAUUAUUAUUGUUGUACAAGUGUAAACAUUAUUCCAUACAAUUUGAUACUGUACAUGCUGAAGAGCUCUUAUCAUAACACACUUUGUUGUUGUGUUAGUGACAGGAUUAAAGGUUUGUGAUUAAUUGGUUGUAAAUACCAAGUUACAGAGUCUUGAAGUUUGCAGGAACAUUGAAACUUGGUACUGUACUGUGCUGUACUUUGCUGUACUGUACUGACUGCACAGUACUGUACUUUACUGUACUGUACUGUAGUGCCUUAGACUGUAACUGAAGGAAAGUGAGUGAUCCCACCAACCUAACUACAUUACAGUGGUCCCUCGGUUAACGAGCACAAUCCGUUCCAGCAGGUUGCUCGUUAACCAAAACCAUUGUUUCAAUGGGUUUUUGGGUAAUUGGUUCCAGCUCACCGAAAAUUGCCUAAA